AUGUUUAUACGAGCUGUGCGCACUCAUGCGAGGCUUGGUGCAGUCGCGCUUAUAAGCUCGCCCAUGCUUCUAUUGCAGCAGCAUUUGCGUGCGGAACAACGCGUAUAUACUAGCGGCGAGGCAUUAGGGCGAGGAGUCCGACUAGAGCUCUGGAAAGCUCAGCAUGAAAAUGUGGUAGUCUUGGAUCUAGAAAGUGAAUUGAUUCAGCUCGGCAUGACGAGAAUUCGCGACUACAAAAAUGCCGGUGCACAAUUUGCGCAUGAUGCGAAUGGAGUGCUGCGUUCAGCAUGUGAGUUGGCGCUGGCAGAACUUCCGACCGAUGACGAGGCCGUUGUAACAACCCCACAUGGAUACAAAAUUGAGGGGCUUGUGUUUGAAGACGAUGUUAAGGUGUGCGGCAUUAGCAUCGCUGUGAACCCAGAUGCUCAGAAAGGUUUAUCACAAGUUCUUCAAACAACUCUGCCUUACGAUGCUAAAUACGGUGAAAUCUUGGUACAAGAUGCUGCCAAAGGUGGCAGCGCGAUCGUUAAGGCUACUUUUCCGGAAGGUCUGGAGGAUUACGAAGUAUUGCUUUUGUUGCCAGAACUUGCGUCGGUUUCUCAAGUCGAUAAAGUCAUUCAUCUUUUGAUGCACCAUGGAGCUAAGGAAGAAAAAAUUACAGUCGUGACUCUUGUAACUUGCUCCGAAGCUGCAGAUGGCUUUUGCAAGGCUUUUGGUGAUGCACGAUUAGUGACCGCCUCGUUGGACUCGCGACUCAACAAGGAAGGACAAUUGGUUCCCGGUAUGGGUUUUUUCGAAGAACGCUACCUAGGAGCUCCUAGCUCUGUAAAUGUCGUUGACGACCCGGCUGAGGACGCUGGUGAUGAGGAGGAUCCAAUGAGAUCAAAAAUAAUGUCAAAAAUCUCCUCGUGGUUCAAUAGAGAUUGA